CAAUGAUGUUAUCAUUUUGAAUAGUUUCAGUUUUGGUAGCUAAAUCAUUCUUUUUGUUUGAGUUAUCAUCUUGAAGACAUUCAAAACAUCGCCUUGGCUAGAUGGGGUUUUGACCUCAUCUCAGGAAUUUAGCUCGACCUUGGCUCCGAUUAUGGACUUAUCAUGAUCGGAUGAUAAGCUCGACCUUAGUGGUCUCAACCGAAUGACAUCGCCUUAGUCGAUUAUGAAGGCUCUUUCUUAUAGCACUGUGACUGGGUUUAUUCCGUCAACCCGUAGGUCCAACACACGACCCAAUGGUUUCGAAGGGAAGAAAUAAAGGUAAAGAUAUAGAAACAAGCAAGAAGAGGCCCAGUAAGAAGUCUUAGUAUAUUAAUUUCGGUACAAAGGCUUGAGGCCGUUCAUCCCUAGCAUAUGCUACGAGCUGAUACAAUUGCUAUAAUGUUAGAGUGCUAAGAUGUGAACCCUUUACAAUGAAAUAAAUGCUUCUAUUUAUACUGCCAAUGGGUAGUUGGAUGCAUUGACGUGGCGGGCUAUGGAUCGCUUGACCCCAACCACCAAAUCUUCUGUAUUAAAUGCGCUUCCCGCCAGGAUCUUGGCUUCCCGCCAAGGGGAGGGGACGUUUGUCCCAUGAGCUUGCGUCCUCUUCCUGCUGGGAUCUUGACAUCCAACCAAGGGGAGGAGUCGUUCGUCUCAUGAGCUUGCCUCCUCCUCCUCCUGCUGGGAUCUUGGCAUCAGCCAAGGGGAGAGGACGUUCGUCCCAUGAGCUUGCCUCCUCCUCCUGCUGGGAUCUUGGCAUCCAGCAAAGCGGAGAGGACGUUCGUCCCAUGAUCUUGCCUCCUCUUCCUGCUGGGAUCCAAGCCCUGCCAGACGAGCGUCUUGUGCUGCUCCUGGCCAAGGGACCAGCCGACGCUAGGAUACGUACGUCCCUUGGCCCUGUUGGGGACAAACCUCUCCAGAAUCCGCAGAAAAGGUAACUCGUUGUCUUGUGCCUUUUAGGGACGUCCGUAGGGUGGCCCUUAAGGAUUUUAUGGGCUAACCCGACCCCCGUUGGACCAUUAACCCAACAUUGGCAAUAGUAUGAGUUUUC